AUGUCAGAAGCUAAGCUCGAGGCGCUCGCGACCGUUGGGACCAGCGAAAAGGCUUCGACUGUGAGCGUGACCAGCAGGAGAUCAUAUAACGGCGAUGAGCUUUCGGAAAUACAGCAGGACCUCGCGCAGAAGCACGGUGUGAAGCAGCGGAAAUUGGAAUGGAAAAUUGACAUAUGUGUGGUGCCAGCGCUGGUUCUCCUGUACUUUGCAGCGUUCCUUGACCGGAUCAAUAUUUCAAAUGCCAGGCUUUAUGGAAUGGAAGAAGAUCUGGGACUUCACGGCAACCAGUUCAAUGUGGCGCUGACAGUGUUCUUCGUUCCCUACAUUGUUUUCGAACUGGUUGCUAAUUACCUGGCCAAGCUGUUCAAGCCUCAUUGGUGCUUCUCGGUAAGCAUGUUCAUGUUUGGGUGUUCGACCAUUGGGUGUGGUUUCGUCAAGUCGUUUGGUGGGCUCAUCACUGUACGUGUAUUCCUUGGGGUCGCCGAGUCUGCCACCUUCGGCCUAAUAUUUUACAUUCUAUCGUCCUAUUACACCCCAAGGCAGGCCCAGAGGAGAUUCUCAUGCUUCUUUAGUUCUGUGACUUUGGCAGGCGCGGCUGGCGGGUCCAUCGCGCGUCAAAUUUACACAGGUAUCGGCAACAAGCACCUUGCCAACUGGAGAUGGAUCUUCAUUAUUGAGGGCGCGGCCACGGUCUUUAUUGCGUUCCUCCUGUUUUUCAUCACCCCCGACUUCCCAGAAACAGCCAAAUUCCUCAAGCCCAACGAAAAGGCAUUUUUGAAGGAAAAAUUGCAACUAUACUCCAGGGUGGAAUCUGGGUUUGAAGUCAAGUUCAACUGGCGCGAUUAUUUGCCGCUUUUCAAGGAGCCCAUUUUCUACGCUAAUGCACUAGCAUAUUUAGGGCUCCUUGUUCCAAGUUAUGGCUAUGCUUAUUUUGCAACUUCCAUCAUCAAGCUUCUUGGUUACACUGCGGUCAGCGCCCAACAACAUUCCGUAUAUCCAUGGCUUGCGGCUUUCGGAUACAUUAAUAUUGUUGCCUAUCUCUCCGACCGCCUCCAAAACCGUUGGUGUUUUUCUGUUUCUUCGAGCAUUAUUGGAAUUGCCGGUCUUGCAAUGGUUUUAGGAUCAUCUGCACCCCAUGUAAGAUAUGGUGGUUGCUUCGUGGCUUCUCUGGGGCUUUAUGGCGCUACUCCGGUGGUUGUGUGCUGGACUUCUAUUAAUUUAGGCGGGCAUUUGAGGAAGUCUUUUGGCACAGCCUUCCAAGUUGGGCUUGGAAAUAUCGGCGGGAUCAUCGCAACGUUUUUGUUUCUACAAAAAGAUGAGCCCAAAUACACUUCUGGGCUUAGCGUUUCUAUCGGGUUUGUGGGCCUUUCAAUUAUCAGUCAACUUUUUAUUGUUUUCUACUGCAGCUUCAUGAACAAGAAAAAGAUGACACUAACGUACAUUGAGAGGUUUGAAGAGCUUCCUAUCGAAGAUCGCGUCCUCAAGGGUGAUCUGAACCCAAAUUUCAAAUACCUGUUAUAA